CAGAUCUAGAGUCAUCAAGACCCAGACGCAGCCGCCUGCUGCUCCACUUUUUCACGCCUCCAACCACCCCCUCUCCCUGUCUCUCGUGGCCGAGGAAAGGAAUAUGGCCAUGGAGUCGGAUGGGAAAUUUUGCAGAGGUGAUGCCUCCCCCCUCCCCCUCUCUGCGAAAAAAGGAGGUACGGAGGGCGCCCCGACGAAACCCAAUCCUGUCACGCCGUCGUAUUGCGGUAAAUAAUCCUUCCUUUGCAUCUUUUCCGUGUAUAUAUAGAGUAAUUUGUUUUUCCUCUGAUCCUGCAGGUUCUUUAAGCUGGGACGUCACAGAUGCAUACCAACCCAAGAUGACAGGCGCACCUGCACGCUGUCACUGGAUCUGCACCAAUGGAUAGAUUGGUGUUUUUUUUCCUUUCUCUGCAGAAAGCAAUGAUUUGUGUUUCCCAGCUAGCCUGUAGCAAAACAGGUUUUAUCGAAGGAUUAGUAAUUGUAUUUUUCAGCGGAAAAGGAAAAGAGGAAGGCUGUGUCCUCGAAUUUUUGGAUCGAUUGAUGUUCAGAAGGAGGAGACGGUUUUAUUUUCUUCUGCUGCUGGAAAGGAGGUUGGUUGCUUGUCUAAAUUUAAGGUCUUGAUUGUUUCAUCUCUAUCUGUUUUAAAGGACGGGGUGUUCAUUGCUGCAAAAUUUCCAGCUCGCUUAUACUCCGUAUUGGUUGCGGUCUGACGAAAUCAUCUAAAGAAAGGACAUAUGAUGAGAAAAUGCAUUCACAAGUAUUUGAGGGGGGCAUUGGUUCACGUGGCCUUCAAGGGAUAUAUUUGGAUAAAAUUUCCUAGCCCUCCAAAGGCAUAUUCGUAAGUAACGUCAACAACAUAAUAUUUUGGUUAUAAAAGUGAACAAAUGGAUGAGGAUCAUAGAUCAAACAGAUGUCUCUGCAUGUUAGAUGUAGUAUUUUUAGGUGUGGCUAGCUCUCAUCUAGAUGAGAAUUAACUAAAUCUCAACCAACUCACAGAGACAUUCACUUCUAUUUUUUCCUUUUUUUUAAUAUUUUGUUUCUUGGCUUUUUACUAUAUUUUUUUCUUAGAAAAUACAUAUGUGUAGUUGAUACAUGGUAAACUCAUAAGCUUGCUCCUGUCGCCGCCAAAUGACAAGGGUGCAUAUCAAAGUUCUAAAUGCACCGUAAAAAAUAAUCAAAGUUCUAAAUAACGUGCUAUCUCGGCAUUAAGAUAAAUUUAUAGGAAAAAUAUGAACAUUCACAAUACCAAAUCAAUAUUGUUAGAUGCAUUAUGAAAUUAAUUUUCAUACUAUAUAAUUAUUAUCGUAUACGUUGAUAUUUUUUUAAGAUAAAUUUGGUCAAACAUUGAGCAGCUUGACUUCAAACAAAUCUUAUAUGCCCAUCCGGCGGCUUGAUUUUGGUUUCUUGGUGCCUUACUCAUUGUUGAAUUGCUUCAUAGUUCUUCACUGUGAGCAAGCUCCGAUCCGCCUACUAUCUUUCAAUUUUUCUACAAAGCUUUUUCCUUUGUAAUUAUAAUGCUAUUGUAUCCUAGCCGAUUGAUGGUUUCAUUAAUUUAAAAUUGGGCAUUUGUGCCUUUUCUCUACAAAGAAAUAAUUCUCACGGGGGCUACUUACGUUUUAUAACUGAAAAUGAGUAACCGUAUGCAAAUGUAAUAUUGACGAAGGUAUCUAAGUCCCACUGCAAAAGAAAUCAUCAAUUGUUUAUGGCAAAGAAAAGGCAGUAACUGGGUGGGCUACAUUGCAGUUUAAAUGGGCCAAAUUUGGGCAGGCCUAGCCUUUCUGAAGCCGAGCCAUUCGGUUGGUCUCUCCAUCGUGUCAUCACUUUCCCUAACGCGACUAUAUCUGGGAGGAGGAGGAGGAGGAGGCGGCGGCGGCAGCGGUUAGGAAGCAAACCCUAGAGCGAUGGUGGCACGAAUCUGGCUGGCCAGCUUCCUGUGCCGGAAGAAGCCCUCCCCCCGAGUGCUGACCGCCGGGUGGUGCCCCCCCCUCGGCUACUUCACGCCACGGCCCUGCCCCCGAGUGCUCACCGCGGAUCCCUGCCCCCCCCCCCCCCCCCCCCCCCCCCUCGGCUACUUGCGGCCACGGCCCUCCCCUCGACUUCAUACCGCCGACGGCUCCUCUCCACUUGGCUUGACGCCACGAUCAGCAGAUGAUGGGGAAAGGAUCAAGCUGAAAUUGCAGUGGCUGAGGUAUUGGCUCUCUGUUGGGGAAAAACGUUCAAAUGAUAUGCACCUUAUGACUGGGAGCUUCUUGAAUCUGGAGGGCAUCACCCCUGUUGAUGAUUCCAGAUAUAAUGCAGAGGAAAGCGACACACGUGCUGAUGUGGUGCCUGAGAUUGCUGAUGUUUGCUCCAAUGCUCCUGAACGAGAUGAUCCACCUGCAGGCCUUAUUAUCAGCAGGUCUUCUGGACCGGGUGCACUUUUGCAUCUUGGAAGGAAAAGAUCAUCAUGUACCUCAGUUGAACAUACAUGUUCUAGGCGCCUUAGUAGCAAUAGUCAGAUGCCAGAUUUCACAGUUGUCCAAGGCAACAACCUCUCACUCCUUGGUCAAAUUGAUGCAGAUAUAGUGGAAGCGGAAUCUGAGUUUACUGAGGCUGAAGUGAGGAAAAGAUACCUGAAGCAUGUCGAGCCUCAGUUGUUGUCCAGAGGCCUCGUUCUCCCCGGGAAGCUGAGUCACAGUACAACAGCCUUUGUGCACCGCAGAACCCAAGAAAUUACUGGCCACAGGCCAAAAUACAUGAGCAUUCUCGAUGUUAUGGGACAUGAGAAAAGAAUGAAGGAGGAUGAAUGGCAUUUCUUCCUGAAGGAUAUGAUCAAGACAAGAGUGUACGUGGUUGAGAAUUGGAGCUCUUCCCUUUGCCGUGUCGUGUCUCUGACGUAUGAUUAUGGCAUCGUUAGUCCCGAUGAGGGUCCAGAUGUGGAAUUCUUCAAGGCGGAAUGUGACGCAGCCUACUGUGAGAAGAAGCAGCAGGCUGAGUUGUCAUUUUUUAUCUUUAAAGGAAAGCAGAUAAUUCAUUGUCAGGUUCAUCAUGAGGUGCCCUGCAGGUCUUCUGUGGUGGCAGAAUGCUAUGCGGCUGCUGCUUGUCUUAUAAAAGCCAAGGAACUUGGAAUAGAGAACCUUGUCAUAUACAUGGACUGCAAAGAUUCCCAUGGCGUUUUAAGUGGUGAGCGGAAUAUUAGACCUGAUGAUGUAAACAUGGGAGUUUUUCUGAUGUUGAAAAAACAUCAAAACGCCCUUGAAAGGGUGGUGCCUGUGUGGAAGGAGCGUGAGCUUAACCAACUCGCGGAUGAUCUUGUAACACUCGACCCGAGAACCACCCUUGAUCCUAUGUUCCCACAGCAAGCGAUGGAGAGAUGGAAGCAUCCCCUGGAGGGUUAUCCAGUGUUCAGAUAUAAGCAAAAAAACGAAGUUGAAACCAUCACCAGAGGAUUUGGUAUGUAUCUGCAGUUUCAUAUAGUUUCAAUAUAAGUGGUAGUUUGCAUCAUACAUGGUAGGUUAUAUGGUUCAUAGCUAUAAUCUGACAACCUGCUGUUCUGUUCACUUCAAUCCAAUACUUGCAUCUCAUUGAUUAGAGCAUUUUUUAUACCCUACCACGCACCAUGGUCAAUUUUGGAGGAACAACAAGUGUUUCUAGUUUGAGCGCUUGCCAUUUGCUGCAUCAUCGACACGAAAUAACAAUAUUAUUAAACUGCAAAGCUUAUUUUCUUUCCAAAUCAGUGAUUAUAAUAAUUACUAUAACAUUUUAUGUAUUGUAGGAAUUAUAUGCUUCUUUUUAGAAAAUGAAUCAUUCUCCUCUUUAGGUAAUAAUUAGUUUGUUCAGCCUUCUGAAUUAAACCAAUUCAAGCUGUUCCUAUUUUUUGAUCAUUUAAAUGAGGCACUGCCAUGUGAAAAUAUGUAUUUGUUUUUGCUGCAAGUCUUCUCAACCAAGAAAACAGUACAAGCACAUAAAAUCCUACAAGAACGGAGCAUUGCAUUGACCAUAUUGUGUAAUUAUUAUAACCAAUAUCUCCAAGAAGCAAAAUAUUUCCUACUUACUCAUUGGGGUUAUAAAAUUUAUAUUGUUGGUAAAUUUGAUUGUUUGGCUGGCUUGCUCGAUGGGUUUGAUCCGGACGACCUGUAUGUGUCUGCCAUGAGUUUGCCAAAAAGCCCAAAGACCUCCAGUUGAAAUUUGAGGAGUUCUUUGAUGGACCGGGACGCGAUGUGGUUGGAGGAAUUACGUUCUUCCACAAGGGCAAGGAGAGUGAUACUAUGAAGAAGGACAAGGGAAGACGUCUCUCAGUUUGUUUUGAUGCCAAGCUCUGGGACGUAUCCUUCCACCACAAUCUGACGGUCGUCCUAUUUGCACCAGGAGAGGCUGAAACACUGGGGAGGCAACACAAUCUACGAAAACUCAGCGCACUGGACUAUGUGCGCUUCAACAAGGAUGUGCGCUUCAACAAGGUGUCAUGAUGUGUCAUGUGUUGCCACAGCCUUGGGAUUAGAGAAAAGUCUUUGUAAUAUGCUAGCCACUGAAACUUGUUUUGGGAGCCUGUAGCAUGUCGUGCCGUGUGAUGGUCUCGAAGGCUAAGGGGUCUUUGGAUUGUGACUAUGUUUGCCAUAUUAUUUUUGCCACACUUGCCUAAGUAGCCUAACUUGAGUUAGCUUAAAUUGUUAGCCAUACUUUGGCUUGCCUAAUGGAAUCUUGCCAUAUUUUUUCUGUC